UAAUUUUGUUGUUGUUUUUGAUUUAACUAUGGUUUCAUCAAAAAAUUCAAACAAUGGUUGCACACUAUUACGUAUAACAGUAUUUAUACUGUUUGUUACAUUAGGUAUAUUAAGUAUCAGUUAUUGGCAACUAUUGACUGACUAUCGCGAUCUGGACGGCCAACUUGAGAGCACUGGUAUGCGUCGACAGUCGGCUGAACGUAGGGUACAGUUCAUACAGCAAGACUUGAAUGACAAAACCGAAGAGUUGGCUAAUGCCAGACAAUUGGUCAAUGAUAGGGACAGGGAGUUGAAGAUAGCCGAAACAAGUGUCGCCAACAAGGACCGGGAGAUUAGCAAACUGACGGCACAAUUACACGAAACAAACAUGAGUUAUGAUAAAUGUCACAAUGAGUUGAACAGUGUAGGCAAACAAUUGGCCGAUUCAUUGGCCAGUUAUGCUAAAUUGAAUCAAAAAUUUCAAGACAUUCAAACAACUAACCAAAAUAAUUACAAUUAAAAUAUGAUCAUGUUUAUAAUGGUGCAAGCAAAUUUUAUACUAGCUCAAUAUUUUUAAUGAUCAUGAUGAUGGUAAUAAUGA